AGAGACGUGUAACUUUGACAGUUCCGGGAAAAGCCAAAGGAAUACUUCAGAUUACACAGAUGAGAUUGAAAUACCAUGUACUGAAAUAAACCAAAUUACUGUAUUAAAAAGGUUACAUAUGGAAAUCCGUCUUAUAAAUUGUUAACAAAUAAGUGUCAGUAUGCUGAGCCGAUCUAUAGUCGUACAAAGUCUUAGGAGUAUUAGAGAUAGGUUUUUUGAUACAAGACGACAAAAAGAUGAGCAAAGUGAUGUUCAGGGGACAAUUGAUGACGUCACGUGCCCCUCUCUGGAUAAUCUGUCGGUUGACAUGCAGUUUCUCAUUAUGACCUUCCUGUCCCCGCAAGACCUCUGCAGACUGGGAGGGACCAGUACCUACUGGCGGUCAAUGGUUCGAGACCCUGUCCUGUGGAAGUACUUCCUGUUGCGUGAUAUGCCGCUCUGGCAGUCAGUUGACCAUUUAUCAGUGCCUCAUGUCGAGCUCACUGGCUCAGCUGUGCUGGAUGACUCUCAGAUGCAGUUUGAUUAUAUGGCGGAGUAUUUACGCAUCUGCCCGGCCUGUCGAAACCAGUGGCGACACCAACCCAGGGCAGCAUUUGAGUCUGUGACUUCCUUCUUCCAGUCCUUCGUAACGGUUGCAGAGCCACAGUUCGCCAUGUUCGGCCCGGGGCUUGAGCAGUUAGAGAUUUCUCUCAUGACCACCAUCAUGAAUUCCCCUGAUGUACUUCCUAUAGCAGGAAUACCUCAACGUCAGAUUGAUGGCAUUGGAUCAGGAAUCAGUUUUCUGGAUAAAGAUCAGCACAGAUUCAACAUUGUGACUUUAUAUUCGACUAACAGGACGGAGCGAGAAAGAGCUCGCCUGGAGCACCUCAGUCUGCGCAGUAAACUCUUUGUCUAUCAGGAGGAUAGCGAGUCCAACAUGCCCUUAAGCCUCAUGCCCAUGUUUAAUCAAGUUUGCCAAGCCAUGAAUGGAUUCAUCUUUGUGGCAAAUGCUGAGACAGAAAGAGCCGACAGAGGGUGGGAGGAGGAAAGUUCCCAGAUCAGGGUUAUGUUAGACCCUGUGAUGGGUGCAGUGUUCCGCCCUAUCCUGGUGCUCUCCUGUGUGUCUAGAGAAACAGCAGACAGACGCAGAAUACCUUGUGUGACCGUUGCCCAUCAGCUUCACCUCAGCUCACUGCCGAACCCCUGGAUGGUUCAGGACACAAGUGCAGAAACACUGACAGGACUGCUGGAUGGCAUUGAUUGGUUGCUGAGGCAGUCUGGAGUUAAGCUGUAACUACCAAGAUUGACAUUAUACUGCUGGAUGUACUAUAGAUGCUUUUUAAACAUCUUUUGAUCCAAAAGAUACAAAUGCAUCUUUUGGUGGUGGCUAAAGUCAUACCAUGGAAGUUAUCUACAUAUUUAAUUGAACUGAUCUGGUUGCACUUUUCAACAACUGACCUUUUGUUUUGUCUUAAUGUUGUAUUUUAAUUGUUUUAUUUUUUUUUAAGUGAAAUAAAAAAAUAUAUAUAUUUGUUUUUUAAACAGGUGAAUAUACUUAUGUUGUUCGGGAUUAUGAUUAAGCAAUAUUACACAAGCGUGCAAUUGUACUUAAAGUCGGCAUGAAAUGGAAGUUGAUAUUGUCAUUUUUUUCCUUGUCGUGACGUAUAUCCGAGUGAAACGGCUU